AUGUCCUCCUGGUUCCCAGAUGAAGCGCUGCGGCUCGUAGAGGCUCGCAAUCGCCGAGAAGUCGCAGCCUUCAGCGCCCUCAUCACGUCCCACCAGCAGCUGCUGUUCCGGCCUUUGACUUCCUCUUCUCUGGGUGCGUCGAUGCCUCUCGCCUCGGCGCAGGAACAAGCAGACGCAGCCGCGCAGAGAUACCUGGCAACCAUCCAGCGACUGGAGCGCGAAGUGGCGGACAAGAACGCGCAGCUGGCGAGCUACGCGGGUCGCCAGCUGGAGAUCGUGAGUGAGAGCAAGAUGCUGCUGCAGGAGCGUGACCAGUGGGAGCAGCGACUGCAGCUGGCAACGAGGAAGUUGGAGGACGAGACGCUGUUGAGUUUGGAGAAGGACAAGGCGCUCCAGGAGCUGGACGCGGCGCUGUCAGUUCUUCGAGAAGAGCUCUUGAGACAGAGGAGUUUGUUGGAGAAGAGUGAGAUGGAGACCGACCGACUCAGGAAGCAGAACGCGGAGCUCGAGACGCAGGUGCAGGAGAAGAGCGCGCUGCUUCAUGAAUGGAUUCAAACCACGAGUGGAGAGAGAGAGGGAGAGGCGCCUUCAUCUGCAUCAGAAGCUAGGAAAACACAGGAGAGAUCCGAGAGCAUGACUCAGUUGCUCGAUGAAAGUGGAGGCUCGAGUCAAAGCGGUCCGAGAGCCACGUUGAUCACUCAAACUACACACUCCAUCCGCGCCCAUGCGACGGAAGUGAACUCAGUCUGUUUUAGUGCGUCCGGCAAGAUAUUAUUUAGUGGCAGCAGUGAUGGUACGGUGAGAGCGUGGGAAGCGGAAGCAGGGUCGUCUUCCGCCCCAAGAGCGCUGGGGGAAUAUAGAGGCGUGGGGACUGCGCAUCCGUUGCUGUGCGUGCGCGCGUCGGAGGACGGCGCGCUAGUGCUGGGUACCGGAUGUGAUCGUAAGUGCUUUGUGUGGCGAGUGGGCACAGGACGUGUCAUGCAGACAUUGACGGGGCACAAGGGCAAAGUCUUGGCUGCUGAGUUCUCGCCUGUGUCGCCCAAUGAAGUGCUCACAGGCUCGUCCGACCGCAGUUUGCGCGUGUGGGAUGUGCUACGAGGAGUGCGACUGCAGACUAUUAGCUGCGUGUCCAGCUGCAACGAUGUUGCUGCACGUUCAGGAGCUGACGCGGGCUUUGUGCAAUUCGCAAGUGCUCAUCAAGACGGCGCUGUUCGGUUUUGGGACACGAGGACGCGACAUUGCGUGCAGGAGUUGCACGGUCUUCACACGGACCAAGCAACUUCUGUGAGUUUUGGUGGCAACGAGCUACUCACGAAUUCCCGGGACCACUCUCUGUGCGUCGUUGAUCCACGCACAUACGGCGUGCUGCGUAAGCUGCGUCACGACGACUACAAGUGUGGGUUCGACUGGGGCCAAGCUUCGCUCAGUCCGGACGGCCACUACGCUCUGGCCGGUGGGGCAUCCGGAGUCCUCUUUGUCUGGAAUGCUCGUAACGGCAAAGUCGAACAGCAGCUCAAGUCGGGUCCGAAUGGUCACCACGGAGCUGUUGCGUGUUGUGUAUGGCGUCCAGAUGGUCAAGGCGCUGCGUCGUGCGACAAGAACGGCAGCGUCGUGCUGUGGGAGUAA